AUGAAGUUGAGCAAGCUUUCCAUUGAUAAGGUCGAUGUUCGCGGAAAGCGAGUCCUCAUCCGUGUUGACUUCAACGUACCCAUGAAGGAGGGAAAAAUCACCAACAACCAGAGAAUUGUCGCCGCUCUUCCUACCAUUAAGUAUGCAUUGGAUAAUGGAGCCAAGGCUGUUGUUUUGAUGUCUCAUCUUGGAAGACCCGAUGGUCGUGUUCAACUCAAGUACACCUUAUCUCCUGUUGCUGAUGAGCUCCGCAAGCUCUUAGACAGAGAAGUUGUUUUCCUUUCCGAUUGUGUUGGGGCUGAGGUUGAAUCUACUCUUCAAAACCCAACCGAUGGUUCCGUUUUCCUCCUUGAAAACCUUCGAUUCCACAUUGAAGAAGAAGGAAAGGGUGUUAGCGAGGAUGGACAGAAGGUCAAAGCUGAUCCAGCCAAGGUUGAGGAGUUCCGUGCUUCUUUGACCAAACUUGGAGAUGUUUAUGUCAAUGAUGCUUUCGGUACUGCCCAUAGAGCUCACAGCUCCAUGGUUGGUGUCAAUCUCGAGCCAAAAGCUUGUGGUUACUUAAUGAAAAAUGAACUCGUUUACUUCGGAAAAGCUUUGGAUGAUCCAGCUCGUCCUUUCCUCGCUAUCCUUGGAGGUGCUAAGGUUGCGGACAAGAUCCAACUCAUCAACAACUUGAUUGACAAAGUAAAUGAAAUGAUCAUUGGAGGAGGAAUGGCUUUCACCUUCUUGAAAGUUGCUCAAGGAGUUUCUAUUGGAAAUUCUCUCUACGAUGAAGAAGGAGCCAAGAUCGUGAACGAUAUCUUGGAAAAGGCUAAAGCCAAGAAUGUCAAGAUUCAUUUGCCAGUCGAUUUCGUUGUUGGAGACAAAUUCGCAGAAGAUGCCUCCGUCAGCGUUGUUGCAGCUGCUCAAGGAGUUCCUGAAGGCCACAUGGGUCUUGAUGUCGGACCAGAGUCUUCUAAGAUCUUCGCUUCUGCCAUUCAGAACGCCAAAACAAUUGUUUGGAACGGACCACCAGGAGUUUUUGAGUUCGAGAAGUUCGCUCAAGGUACUCGUUCCAUGAUGGAUGCUAUCAUUGCUUCGACAUCUGCCGGAUCUGUUACAAUCAUUGGUGGUGGAGACACUGCUACUGCUGCCAAGAAGUUCAAUGCUGAAGACAAAGUCAGCCAUGUCUCUACUGGUGGUGGUGCUAGUUUGGAAUUGUUGGAAGGCAAAGUACUUCCUGGAGUCCAUGCCCUCUCUGAGGCUUAA